UAAAUUUGUUUCCAAAACCAAAAAUAACAUUUUUAUUUUCUUAUAAUUUUAGUGUUUAGUGAUAUUUAUAGACAAUGAAUUAAUGAUAUUUUAAAAAAUCGCUUCCACUCAUCAACGCUCAUAAUAUUUCCCUCUAGUAAUUCAUCGGUUUUCAAUAUUCGUUUUUAGAUACAUCUCGUUACUUGUCUUUAACCAAUGACCGUUCGAUCGUGCGCAAUGUAAGUUUCCGACUGCAAACAUGAACGUGAUGAACCAAAUGGCUGUCAAUCAGAACCGGUCGCUGUUAGAAAAGUACGGCAUCCCUUUAACCGACGUCGACUUCGACUAUGUGAAAACGUGCGAGGACCCGAAAAUAUUGAAACGCAUCAUUAAAGUAUUGGAAUCUGGAGAAGAAGGGCUUUAUCCCGAUCUGUUAACUGCAACUGAAACUCGUCUACGCGAAAUUAAACCUGAUGCUUCAAUAUUGAAUAGAAAGCUCUGCUUUGCACAAAAGUCUUCUGAACUACCAGCAAAUGAAGAUUAUAGUGAUGAACUUAAUGAUAUAGCUAAUUGGAUAAAAAAAUCAAAYCAACAAGAAAUAGAUGUACCAUCUGUAAGGCAAUACUCAAAAAGUCUCAUGAAUGGUCACAGUGAACCACCAGUUCGAAAAUCCAUUAAUUUGACGUCAAUGUUUAAUAGUGAAAAGCCUGAACAGGAAUUAUCAAUGCACAAAACAUCUGGUGUGCAAACCAAAUCAUUGGAAGCUUCAUAUUCUAAAUGGGAUAAAUAUGAUCCUGAAGUUGAGAUGAUGAAGUUGGAUAUCAAAGAAAAGGUUGACAAGUUACAAGCGCAUAAGAAAAAAAGUAUGAAUUCAAAUAGUUUGUCAGUUGGAUUGAAUGAUACAGCAAGUUUUCAUGAUAGAGCUAAAUCUAUGAAAAGUUAUAUGGACAAUAUGUCUAAAUGUAGUACUUUUAAACCUCAAGAUUUGGCUAUGCGAGAAAAGGAACUGGGAAACGAAUGUUUUAAAUCAAAUGAUUUCGAAGAGGCAAUUUGUCAUUAUAACACUAGUAUUAGUAUUCUUUCAACACCAGAAGCUAGAAACAAUCGUGCUAUGUCAUUCAUAAAACUGAAAAAAUAUAGUGAAGCAUUGGAUGAUUUAAGAGAAGUGAUUGAAAGUGACCCAAGAAAUGUAAAGGCACAUUUUCGGAGAGGGUCAUGUUUUAAAGCUAUAUCCAUGUAUUGCUUAGCAUUAAGAUCAUUUGAAUCAACAUUAAAGUAUGAUUGUAACAACGCAAAUGCCCUCAGCUUUGUAAAAGAAUUAAAAAAUAUAAUUACAAAUAUGCAUCCAAAAAAAUUAAUUAGGGUUCGUGAAAUAACUAGGCACUAUGAUGAAACUGUAUGGGACAUAGAAGACCCAUUCCACGUAUCUUAUUUGGAACUUGCAGAGUUAAGCAAAGACAAUGUUGAGUAUGUGUAUGAAGCCGAUUCUUUUGGUUGUUUAACAGAAUGCGUUUGUCAAUUGUGUCCUUGGCAUGAGUGGCAGCAGCGAAAGAAGAAAUGGGGUCGUCACAAAAUGUUUAAAAAUGAAGGACCAAAAAAACGUUGGCAAUUUUUAACACCUGAUAUUGUGCCUGUAUUGUUGUCCACGUCUUUAGCUACUGAAAUAAAAAAACCUAAAAGAUUGAGUAUUACUGAAAUCAAUUCUAGUAAAAUAAAUGGUCAUCAUAAUUCAACGAAAAUUUGCGAUAAUGAAAUAAACUCAACUAAAAUGAAUGGUCAUUAUAAUUCAACGAAAAUGAAUGGUAAUGUUACUAAUGGAAUUGAUAAAUCUACCUGUGAAAAUUGUGACAAUGAUGAAAUAAGUAUGAAACCAGUAUCUAAUGUUAAAGAUUUUUUACUAACUUGGAAAAUAGCCAGUCAAAAAAAUAAUUAUGAAUUAUAUCAUAAACUGUUGCGGAGUAUUAAACCAAAAGAUUUACCUAGGGUUAUAAGUACAAAUUUGGAUGAAGAAAUCAUGUCUAAAUUUUUGGAAACCCUGAACCAAAAAUUUGAUCCCAAUAGUGAAUUAGAUCUUAUUGUAGAAUACUUAACAGCCAUGACCAAAGUUAAUCGAUUUAAUCUUAUUGUAAAGAUGUUAGACAACAAAGUUAAAGAAGGUUUCCAACCACUUCUAGAACGAGUUCAUCGCUACACAAACAAUAAUUUGUUUUCAUCAUUAUUAUGA